CCUUUCCUCCAAAGGCAUUUCCUGGCGUCCGUGCGCGCUCCCGGAAUACACAGCUGCACGCCAGCGGUUAUGGCAUGCUAUGGACCGCUAUUUUAUCUCGCCUUCAUCAUCCAUUUCUUAAAGAUGCAAGUGUGCGCGGUAAACUCCCAACUUUCAACCGUAUCGCGUUUGGAAAACAGCUUUUAGAGCGGCCUUUCCACAUUUGAGACGGCAUAAGGCGCGAGCGUUACUUUGUGUCGGGACAAACGGGAGCGUCGCACAGUUCCGUUCCAUUUAAUACGUGAUUGACGGCUGCUGAGGUGUGAUCUGAACCCCGUCAAACCCAAACCGAGCCGUUCUAGACCCGAUGAAGUCGUUCGGAUACGUCUAGAUCUCCUGCCACGUUUCGCUCUUCGAGGGCUGAAGUUGCGACUAUAACAGAGGUUGACAGACUGGCUGGCACAAUGAAGGAAGAGAACUUGUUCCGCAGACGGUUCUCUCUCUGUCCCACAGCCGCCACACCUCCCAAGAUCGACCCACGUUUGUUGUCUCGUAACCUGUCCUAUGGAGGAGACAAUGAACUCUACCCGCUCAGCCCAGGUAAUGAAUUGGAGAGGAACGUUUUGCCCUUACUGAGGGACGAGGUCAGUCCGGUCCGCUCGCCCAGCAGCGCGUCGGAAUCCAGGAUGUUUAUCGGUUUGGAGAAGGAGUCUUCCUCGCCCACGGAUAAGCUGGCAAGGAAAGAAUCGCUUAAGGUUCAGAAGAAGAACUAUCGACAGGAAAAGAAGAGGGUUGCAAAAGAGCUGUUCAGUGCACUUAAGGAUCCAAGUGUGGUUAUUAUGUCCAACUGGCUAAAGAUUCGGGGGACUUUGAAGAGUUGGACGAAAUUGUGGUGCAUCCUGAAGCCCGGCAUUCUCCUGAUUUACAAGACGCCCGGUUCAGAUCACUGGGUGGGGACAAUUCUUCUCAAUGCCUGCAAACUCAUUGAAAGGCCAUCGAAGAAGGACGGAUUCUGCUUCAAACUCUACCAUCCGCUGGACAAGUCCAUAUGGGCCAUGAAGGGUCCAAAAGGAGAAUCUGUGGGCUCCAUCACACAACCCUUACCUAAUAACUACCUGAUCUUCAGAGCAGCAUCCGAAUCUGAUGGACGCUGUUGGAUGGACGCUCUGGAGCUGGCUCUCAGCUGCUCCAGCUUGUCGAAGAUGACGGCGAAGAGUGGCAGGGAUGGAGAUCUGAGCAGCUCCUCUGAGUCCUCACACAUACUGCAGCUGCUGCAGAGCUCGCCUCUCACCGACCAGGACCUGCUGCAGUUGAAUGACUCCAUGUUGGAAAACCAUAUGGAGAACGACGCCAACUCGGACAAAUCAGAGAGGGAGGCGCAUGAAGACUCGGACAAUGCGGCCAAUGAGAACGGUGGCAGAUUGACGGAGGAGAGCGAUCUGGACCCAUCAGAUGACGUGUGCCUGCAGGCCACCGCGUUUGUUGAAGAAGCCCAUGAAGAGAUGGGAGAGGUUGGUGAGGCGUCCCAGGUCGAGACGGUCACAGAGGAGAAUAAGGGUUUGAUUUGGACUCUCCUGAAACAGCUGAGGCCCGGGAUGGACUUGUCUAAAGUGGUUUUGCCAACAUUUAUCCUGGAGCCACGUUCAUUUCUGGACAAGCUGUCGGAUUACUACUAUCAUGCUGACCUGCUGUCCCAGGCUGUGAUGGAGGAGAGCCCGUACUGCAGGAUGAAGCAGGUCUUGCGCUGGUAUCUGUCCGGCUUCUACAAGAAACCAAAGGGUCUUAAGAAACCAUACAACCCUAUUUUAGGAGAGAUGUUUCGAUGCUGCUGGCUGCAUCCACAAACAGACAGCUGUACAUUUUACAUCGCAGAGCAGGUUUCUCAUCACCCUCCCGUUUCAGCUUUCUACAUCAGCAAUAGGAAGGACGGAUUCUGCAUUAGUGGAAGCAUUCUGGCCAAAUCCAAGUUUUAUGGGAACUCUCUGUCUGCUAUUCUCGACGGAAAGGCCAGGCUCUUGUUUCUGACCCGAGAUGAAGAGUAUAUCAUCACAAUGCCAUACGCUCACUGUAAAGGGAUUCUGUAUGGUACAAUGACAUUAGAGCUUGGCGGGAAAAUCACCAUCGAGUGUGAGAAAACACAGUGUUACACAGAACUUGAGUUCAAAUUGAAGCCUUUUCUUGGCAGCUCUUGCAACGUUAACCAAAUUUCUGGAAAGAUCCGUAUUGGUGAAGACGUUCUGGCUACAGUAGAUGGGCACUGGGACAGUAAAGUGCACCUGACUGAGAAGAGGACGGGCCGGCAGGAGGUGCUGUGGGACCCCGGUCCAGACAUACGGAGACAGCGGCUGAAGAGACAGGUGGUGCAGGUGGACCAGCAGGAGGCGUUCGAGUCUGAGAGGCUGUGGCAGCAUGUGACCAGAGCGAUUCGAGAUAAAGACCAGAUGAGAGCCACGCAGGAGAAGUUUGUGCUGGAGGAGGCUCAGCGGCAGGAGGUCCGAGAACGAGAACGAGCCGAGCAGCUCUGGAACCCACGCCUCUUCACCUUCAGCACAGACACCAAUGAGUGGCACUACAAAUACCCAGACACUAAGCCAUGGGACCCCGAGCGCUGUCUGGUGCAGUUUGAGAAAGACGGCAUCAUCCAGACGAAAGAGAAAUCAAAGGGCCAACGCAGAAGCUUCUACAGCCAGAGCUGGGCUGGACAGCAGACGGUGCGGGUGAAUGGCAAACACAGCCAGCCGUCCAGCUGCAGUCAGAACACAGAGAGCAGCAGCAGCACACCAGAGCCCAACCAUGAGUCAUCCGACAAUGAAGGCUUCAUGAAGCAGUGUGCAAGAUGCACUAAAGAAGUGAAGGACAUCGCCCUCAUAGAGGCCUCGGUAGCAGCUAUACAGAAAACACAGCAGGACAUCCAGAGAAACCUGAGUUCACUGGGUCGUCAGAUCACGCGGCACAAGACAGCAGAAGAGAGCAAGUCCUUGAGCGGCCGCCACUAUCUCAUCCUCUGCAUGCUGUUGCUCUUCCAGCUACUCAUCAACUACGUCUUCCCUUGAGAUGCUGUCACCUAGAGACCAUCGCCUAGCAAUAAACACAGCCAAACUAUCACCGUUACAUAGCCACUUGAAUGCCCCGCCGUGUUGUUGCUACUGUCUGUAGCCACACCAUUAAGCACUAAGCACUUCAAUUAGAGAGAAAGAGACUCUUGUUUUAAUAAAUAUGACCGAUAAUCCUUUCAGAGUGGAUAUAAAACGCUUUACUGCCACUCUCGGUAACUGACGUGUUCCCUCUUUCCUAUGUACUUCUCUUUCUCUGCAAUAUAGGUCAUGUAUUUGUGGCAUUUUUGAAUGCAGUUGAUUGGGUUAGUGUCUAUGUGUUCGCGUUACCCACAAACUCCUCUUCCAUUCAUACACCGGGCCUUAAUACUGAUGCCAAAAAAGAAGUGAAAAGUCAGUGAAGUCCGCCAGUGCAACUUUAUUAUGCUUUCAUGUCAACGACUGACCACAUAAAUUUGCUUGUUUUAUUUGACCAAAACAGUGUUUCUGUAUAGAACAAUACAAAGAGUAAAUGUUUACAAACUUGAUUGUACACAA